AUGAAUUUCAUUGAAUGUUUGAUUGAAUUUCCAGGUCAUGGGGAUAUGGUUCAUCUUCUCUGGAUAUAUGGAGCUUCUGUUAAUGCAGAAACUAUAAAAAAAUGGACGCCGCUCCAUUUUGCAGCACAAUCUGGUCAAUUGAAAAUUGCUGAGCUUCUCAUCGAAGUGUGGGCUGAUGUUAAUGCAACAGACAUAAAUAAAUUGACACCGCUUCAUGUAGCUGCAGAAAACGUCGCAUCGGAUAUUGCAGAGCUCUUGAUCAAAAAGUGGGUUGAUGUUAAUGCAGAAACUAUAAAUAAAUGGACGCCGCUCCAUUUCGCUGCCCAAAAUGGCAGUGUGGAUGUAACGGAAUUUCUCAUCGAAAAGGGGGCUAAUAUUAGCGCGGAAUCUUCUUCUAAAUGGACACCGCUACAUUUUGCAACAGAAAACGGGCAAACCAAAGUAGCUAUGAUUCUGAUUUCGUGCGGGGCCCGAGUAGAUGCAAAAAAUAUUGAUGGAAAAACGCCACUGGAUUUGGCGAAAAAUGGUAAUAGUUUCAAAAUUAGCCGUUAUCUGCCAAGAAUUAAUUUGUUCCACAAUCCAUUUAAUGAUAUUAUCAUUAACGUUUCAGUUACAAGGACUACAAUUCAACAACACCUUGAUUCGCUAAAAGUUUCUACCCUAGAAGGCUUCAUUCCAAUUUCAAUAACAGUCGGAUUUAGUUUGAUAAUUGUUGUUGUGAUAAUUCUCAUUUAUUUUCUUCGUGAACGAAAGAGAAGCCAUCGUUUUAAAAAACUUCUUCAAGGAAACCCAGAGAGAAUCAAACUAGAUCGUGCAAUGAAUGACCAAGCCUGUCAUUUGCCAUAUAAAAAAGAGUUUGAAUUUCCCACAGAAAGGCUUAAACUCGGAAAGGUGCUCGGUGCUGGUGAGUUUGGUGUAGUCUACGAAGGAUUUGCAUAUGGAAUCUUACCUAGAGAGGAAGAAACUAAAUCUGCUGUCAAGAAGAUCAAUGGUGUGUCCGAUAAAGAAGUAAUGAAGGCAUUUGUGCUUGAAGCAAAAAUUAUGAUGCAUUUGGGUCAGCAUUUGAAUGUGGUGAACUUACUUGGAGUUGUUACCGAUAAUAUUGCACAAAAUGAACUGAUGAUUAUUGUUGAAUAUUGUGAUUACGGCAAUAUUAAGGAUUUAUUGUGGAAUAAUCGUGAACGUUUCAUCAAUCAAAUUAAUUAUGAAAAUGAUACAAUUGAUUUAGCUAGAACAAAUGAACAUCAUUUAACUGACCACGAAAGUGAUGAUGAACAAUCAUCCACUGAUUCCUCGUACAGUGUUGAACAAAACCAAAACUCAGAGUCAAGCGAAUCGUUUUUUGUCUGCCAAAACUAUCCAUCCAGAGUUGAAAGUGAACAUACAAAGAUCGAAUCGAUUACAACGUCCGAUUUACUGUGCUGGUCAUUUCAAGUGGCGCGAGGAAUGCACUAUUUAACUUCUCGAAAUAUUCUACACCGAGAUUUGGCUGCGAGGAAUAUUUUGCUGUGCACCAAUAAUGUGGUCAAAAUUUGUGAUUUCGGAUUGUCACGAGAUUUUUCCAAGGAUGGAUAUUACCGAAAGAAGCAAGGAGAAGAAAAAGUUCCAUUGAAAUGGUUGGCGCCCGAAUCUCUAAGCGAACCAAAAUACAGUGUACAUUCUGAUGUCUGGUCGUUUGGCAUCGUUCUAUGGGAGAUAUUCUCACUCGGCGCAGUACCAUAUCCUGGUGUAAAAGCGGAUACUUUUGACGACCUAAAAAGCUAUUUACAAGAUGAAAACAGAAUGAGCAAACCAGAAUAUGCUACACAAUCCAUAUACGAUAUUAUGAUUUCAUGUUGGAACACCGAUCCCGAGUCACGUCCAUUAUUCGAUGAACUUGAGCAGACCAUUUCUUAUCUUAUGAAAUCUGAUGAUCAAGAGAAAUGUGAAAAUUUAAAUAAAUUGUUCAAGGACUCAAUUGCUGAAAAAUAUAAAUCUGGAGAGAAUGCUCAAAUUGACGAAAAAACACAGUCAUACUCAUGCUUUCCCGCUAUCUUUUUUCUUAAAAAACUAAACAAAAACGAUGAAUGUAGAAUGGAUAUACCGAUGCAGCCCAUUAAUUGUUCAAAUUAA